AUGUAAUAAGAAACUAGAAUUGAUGACAAAUAUUUAUGCACUAGGUGUCUAGCUGAGAGAGUCGAUAAAGAAAACAUGACAUUGCUUAAUGAAGCUACAGAGAUGAUAUAAAGCAUGAAAACCUAAUCUUUAAAACUUGCAAAGGAAGAAAAUAUCCUUAGAUUAACUAAUUUAAUAUAAUUAUAAUCAUCCAAUCAUUCAAAAAUUAAAUCAAGACAGAACUUGGAAAAUUACUUCAAUCAAUUGAUCAAAAAAUGGAAUAGAUCCAAAUAGAUAUUGAAUCAAAGGAAUAAAAGUUAGAAAUCAAAAACUAUGAUGAGGAAAUUCAAAUUCUAUCAAAAAAUUAUAUAGGAAAUUUUAGUUAUAAUAUACCUAAACAGCAAACAUAUAAGGAAAAAGACUUGA